UUUAUGAAACAAUGACCGGUAACAACAAUAAAAAAUCACAAUAUGAAGAAUUAUCCCUAUUAACCGCCAUGUUUAAUGAAGAUGAGUUUCAAUGGCAGGGUGACGGGGAACAAAACGAGGUCUGGAAGUCAACAUUGGUUGCAUUCACUACAAACCAAGAAGAAACAAAUGCAUUGUCGAAUAAAGAAGUUCCGCCCUUUCGGUUUCGAAUAUCAUUGGGCGAGGAAGGAAGCUGGUUUAACGUUUUCUUACCGGAAAAAUAUCCGGAAGCCACUCCCGAAUGUUACUUUUCAUGGGAUAGUGCAAACAGGCAAAUUUGGAAUGAGGUGAACAAGGAAAUUGAAUUGAGGUUGAAGAAAAGGAGCUAUGGAGAAUGUUGCGUUUUCGAACUUUACCAACACGCAAGAUCAUUCUUACAACAACAUAUUUCCGAGGGAACUUCAGAAACACUGGAGCCAAAAAGUGAUAAUGACAUUGAUGAUGAAAAUACGCAGAGAAUUUGCAGAGUUUUGAUAUGGACUCAUCAUCUUCUGUCGCUAGAGAAAAGAAAAAACAUUUGCAGAUGGGCUGAAGAAUUGAGGAUUUGGGGGUAUUCAAAGCCAGGAUACCCUGGGAUCAUCAUAGCAGAAGGAUUGUAUGACAAUGUUCGAGAAUAUAUCUCGAGAUUAAAGAAGUUGAAUUGGCAAGCAAUCACGGUUCGCUCAGAGGAAAUCGAAAAGAUCGAGAACGCUUUGCAAAAUUAUGACAAACACAUGAAAUUAAGGUUGGGGCGUGACCAACCCGGAAUUUCGGAGAUGGAGAGUAUGUCGGAAAUAUCAUCAAGGGCAAGAGAAGCUGGACUUGAAAAGAUGUUUUUGACUUCCAUGAAGAUUAAUAAAAAAACUAAAUCGAGUGGGGACUGGAUGUCCCAGUUAACUGAAAGAGAUCAUAGGUACACCCGUAAAUUUGAAGGCAAUUCUGUUCAUCUGCAAUUUAUGCAACAAUCCAAAAAACGGCAUUGGGUAAUGCAAAGUCCCACCGUAUUCCUCAACAGGCAGGACGUGUAUAAAAGCCUCAUAAAAGAUAGACGUAUCAAGUGCCUAGUUGUUGAGGUGAAUGGUUCCACUUAG